GAAGUGAGCCGGAGGCCAGAGGGGGCGCUAGAGCGCUUCGAGCUUUUUCAAUCUGCGGGGAAUGAGAAGAGAAGAAGGAGUCCUGCUAAACCUCGUGAAGCGGGAACUGACAGCUCUAUAAAAUGGACUGGGCCCAGAGCGAGCUGCCCUCUCCGGUGGUCCGGGAGGACGAGGUGACGGUCGCCGCCCGCAGGAGGAAGAAGGUGGCCUUCCCGUCGCCCGGCGGCAGCCCCGUCGUCCCCUCGCUGACGCCGGCCCGCUCCCUGCAGAGGAACACCCCCGCCUCUCUGUUCAGACAGGCCGUCACUCCCAGAGUCUCCGGGGUCUCCUCCAUUUUGGUUCCCGGAGGUCGGACGCCUCGCUACGCUUCCAGAACUGGCCUCAGCAGCGCGAACUUGGAGGACAGCGACUGGACCAACACCUCCCCCGUCUUCGAGCUGGACAACAGCAGCUUCUUCAGAGACGACGAGGCCAACCUGAGCUCGGCGCUGCUGAAGGAGGACGACCCGGGAGAGGCGGCGGCCGCCAGUCUCUUCCCAGAAUUCCUGGCCGCCUUUCUGAAGCACUCUUCUUCCGCUGUGUUCGAGCUGCUGGAGGAUUACCAGAACAUCUGCCAGGAGAAGGUGGAAGUGCUGCAGGCGGUGGUGCUGAGAGCGGGUCAGAACAGUAAGACCGCCGGGGUGCGCUGGCUGCUGCAGCAGGAGAACUGCACCUGGAGGCUCGUCGCUUCCCUCUACAGAGAUCGGGUCCAGUUGGCGCUGGAAGACGACAUGAUGAUAGACAUGGCCGUUCCCAGCGAAAGCGAGAAGGUUGUUGUGGAGCAGCUUUUCCAGCGAGACGCCGUCAUACGACAGGGCCAGCUGGUGGUUGAUUGGCUGGAGAGCAUCGCCAAGGACCAGAUUGGGAAUUUUUCUGAUAACAUUGAAUACUACGCCAAAAACGUGUGCUGGGAGAACACGCUGCAUGCUCUGAAGACGAGACGCAAGAGCACCUCCGACUUCUACAUCCCUCUGGUCACGGAGCUGGACCCAGACGCUCCGCUACGGCAGCAGCGCCCCCUGGCGGAUCUGGACAGAGAAGACGACGCGCGGCUGCUGAAGAACCUGUUCACCCUGAUCCGAGCGGGAAUGACGGAUGAGGCUCAGAGGCUGUGUAAACGCUGCGGUCAGGCAUGGAGAGCUGCAACUCUGGAGGGCUGGAAACUCUACCAUGAUCCCAACAUGAGCUCUGGAAGCUCAGAGCUGCAGCCUGUUGAAGGAAACCCCAACAGAGGGAUCUGGAAGGCCUGCUGCUGGAGGAUGGCUGAGGAGGACCAGCUAAACAGAUACGAGAGGGCGAUCUACGCCAGCCUGAGCGGCAACAUCAAACCGCUCCUGGCUGUGUGCGAGUCGUGGGAGGACUGCGUGUGGGCGUACUUCAGAGUCAUGGUGGACUCGCUGGUUGAGAAGGAGCUCGUGUCGUCAGGCAUGGCCCACCAGGAGCUGGAGACACUGCCGCGGGAAUAUCUGGAGGCCAACUGGACCAUGGAGAAAGUGUUUGAGGAGCUUCAGGCGUCAGAAUCAAAGAGGGUGCUGGACGAGACUAAAGAACAUUAUCACGUCAUCCAGAAGUUUGUGAUUCUCGGCGACAUGGACGGUCUGAUGGACGAGUUUGCUGAUUGGCUGGCAGCCUCUAAGCCCCUCCCCUUCCACCUGCUGCGUUUCAUGACUCACCUGGUGUUGUUUUUCCGCUCUCUGGGUCUGGCCCUGAAGGAGGAAGUGUGCGUCGACGUGCUCAAAGCCUACAUCUCCCUUCUGACCCGGGACCAGAAGACGGACCUCGUGGCGAGCUACGUGGGCCAGCUUCCCGCUGAGCUGGCCACCGCUCAGUACGCCGCUUUCCUGGAGACGGUGGUGCAGCCGGAGCUCCGCCCUCGUUGCCUGCAUCUCGCCACUGAAGCCGGUCUGGACGUCUCUGCGAUCACAAAGCUGGUGGUGGAGACGGUGCGGGGGAGAGACGACGCGGAUUUCACUCACCACAGCCAGACGCUGGAGACGGGAACGACAAAGGACGACCAGAAGAAGAUUGAUGUUAUCGACUGGCUGCUGUUUGACCCCGCCCACCGAGCCGAGGCCCUGAAGCAGUCGAACGCCAUCAUGAGGAAGUUUCUGGCUCUGCAGAAACAUGACGCUGCCAAGGCCGUUUUCUCCAAAGUUCCCGAGGACUCGAUGAGGGAGAUUUACUCUCAGUGGACGGGCGUCGGUCAGACCGCUCCUCUGCCCGCGGAGGACGAGAACGCCAUCAGAGAGCACCUUUGCAUCAGAGCCUACCUGGAAGCCUACGAGGCGUUCACUGACUGGUUCAGCCACAGCGGUUCUGCACCACAGAAGCCAGCGUUGGCUCCAGGGGCCAAAUUCACAGAGAGAGUGGCCAACGAGAUGAAGGAGAAGGAGUACGAGGCCUCCAUGACUGCCUGGUCGAGCCGCCUUGAUGUCCUGACUGAAGAUGUGAAAGAGAGAAUCUACAACGUGUUGCUGUUCGUAGAUGGAGGCUGGAUGGUCGACAACAGAGAGGGCUCGGAGCCAGAUGAAGAGCGAAGCCACCAGAUGGCAGCGUUACGCUCUCUCUGUCUUCCCCGUCUCACCUUCCUUCUGCUCAGCGUGCUGCAGAGCUCCUCCCGCCACCAGGAGGCGCUGCGACUCGCCGACAUCAUCUCAUCUGACCAGCAUAAACUCUAUCAGGUUUUCUCUAAAGAAGAGCUGAGGAGGUUUCUUCAGAAGUUGCGGGAGUCGUCGCUUGCUCUGUUGGACCAAGGACACGACCCGCUGGGCUAUGAACUGCAGUCAUAAUCUUACAGAAAACACAUGGACACAUGUUCAGAAUAUUGUUAGUAUAACUGGUGGGUUUUUUUUUUUUUUUUUUUUUUUUUU